AUGUCAGGAGGUAUGAAAAGGGUAGCAACGACGGCUGUCAACUGGGCCAAACUAGGGGAGAAACUGGUUCCGGAGCAUGCCGCAGAACUGUCGCGUCUGAAAGGUGCUAGCCACACAUUUUCCUCAGCAGUAAGCCAGCUUCCUUCCGAUCUACCUCAAGUUGACUUCAAUGCCUUGAAAAAGGCUAUGCCGGCUCAUGCGGCUAUUUUGGACUCACUCCAGAAGCAGUUCGAUGCAAUCAAGAUUCCUUAUGGAGAGAUACCGAAACAGUACUUACAAGAAAUUGACCACUGGAUCGAGUAUAACAACGAGCGUAUAAAGCUGCACGAUAUGAAAGUUGCUGACGGUUUGGAGGAAGCGAAGAAGGUUGAACAAAAAUGGGCUUCUGCUCCCCCAGUAGAACACUUCAGCCGCCAACACUUCGUCGAAUACUUCCCUCAGGAGUUUUACGAUUUGCGUUACCAGAACAGAAUUCCUGAUCCCUGCAAUCUAGGACUGAACGAAAGCCCAGAAAUUGAAAAUCGGUUCAAGGAUUACAAGGUCCUGCGACGUGCCGACAAAGUUGAUGAUCACUAG